UAUAGAUUUUACUCUGCAGCACUUAACCAAGUUGAAGUUUGGUGUCUCAUCUUCCCUUGGCAGCGCUUAUAUUUUCCAAUAGAGUCUGGAUUAAUUAUUAUUAAGUGGGAGAGCGAAGAG